GAGCUCUAUUAUUUUAUACUUGUUGCUCAGUCUCUCUCUCUCACUCACUCUCUCCCCAAGAAUCAAAAUUGUCGUUUUACCUCACAAACCCCAAAACCGGCCACUUCCUCUGUUCCUCCUCAAUCCCCAUUCGCCAUUCCUCACUGCCUCACUGCCCCAUCUUCCUCUAUUUUCCCAUAAACCCUUCUGCAUUAUUCUACCCCAAAACCCCAUUCUGCUCCAACACAAAAAUGGACAACUUAAUUCUCAGCCUCCUUCUCUUACUGGUCACCUCCAAAGGCGUUUCCGGUGCUACAUUCACCUUCGUCAACAGAUGUGACUACACAGUCUGGCCCGGGAUUCUCGCAAAUGCAAACAGUCCUAGGCUCGACAGCACAGGAUUCGAGCUCCCAAGACAAACUGCCAGAACAUUCCAAGCCCCGACCGGCUGGUCCGGCCGUUUCUGGGGCCGAACCGGCUGCACUUUCGACGGAUCCGGGUCCGGGUCAUGCCAAACCGGCGACUGCGGCUCCGGCACCGUGGAAUGCAACGGCGCCGGAGCCGCCCCGCCGGCUACUCUAGCCGAGUUCACCCUCGGCACCGGCGGGCAGGACUUCUAUGACGUCAGCCUCGUCGACGGGUACAACUUGCCCGUUUUCGUGGAAGGGACUGGCGGGUCGGGUCAGUGCGCUUCCACCGGGUGCUCCACGGAUCUGAACCUGCAGUGCCCGACUGAGCUGAGGAGCGAGGACGGGAGCGCGUGCAAGAGCGCGUGUGAGGCGUUUGGGAGCCCUGAGUACUGCUGUAGCGGCGCGUAUGGCUCACCCUCGACUUGUCGGCCGUCGGUUUACUCCGAGAUGUUUAAGGCUGCUUGUCCCAAGUCGUAUAGCUACGCGUACGACGACGCUACGAGUACGUUUACGUGCACCGGAGCUGAUUAUACGGUGACGUUUUGCCCUUCAUCUCCAAGUCAGAAAUCUUCUAGAGAUUCAACACCAACGACAGGAGGAGCAACUUCACAAGAUGGGGUUGCUGGGGCAGACCCGGGGUUCACUUAUUCGGGUUCAACUGCAGGGUCGGUUCCGGGUACCGGGUCGGUUCCGGUUACUGGGUCAGGAGGUUCUGGAUCUGGUGAGGCAAUGCUGGCAGAUGGGUCAUGGUUAGCUGGUUUAGCCAUGGGAGACUCACCAAGGGCAUUGUGUCCCUCAACCCUAAUGACUUUAUCAACUUUAUUUAUUAUCUUGUCCUAUAUUGUCUUGUAGCCCCCUAACUUUCUCUCUGGCUUUUGCUCUUAAAUCUGAACCCUUCAGAGAGAUUUGCAGUGCUUGUGGUCACUGGAGUUUUGCCUAGCCUUGGUAGAAAAGCUGAACAUUUCAUCAAGAUUGUAAACCACAUCCUUCAAGAUUCCCUCUAGAUAUCAUUGUAACAUAGUUCACUUUAGUAUUUUAUGGGAAUAGUAGGUCACUUUUUCUUUCCCACUCAAGCUUUUUUAGGGUUCUGUUGCUUUUUAGGUUUUGUGUCUCUGUUUGAUUUUUGAUUAAUCAAAAAAAGGAGCAACAUGUGGAUUUUGGA